AUGACAAACAUUUAACAUCAUUUUAAACUAAUCGUCACAUAAACAAUAUUCUUAGCUGAUCUGAUUGAAACAACUAUAAGUUUAAGCGUUUUAUUUGUUCUUGUAAUGUAUUGGAUUAAUUGUAAAUAUAUUUCAUUCAUUCCUAGCUCAGAUAUCAAGUAAUAAUGAGACUAUUAUUGAAAUAAUGAAGGCUAAUAUCACAUUAACAGGUAUUGAUCUCUAAUAAACAAUUUCCUCAAUUGGAUUUUUGUUCAACAUUACGAAGUUGGCCCUUAAUGAUAAAGAGAUUUCCCAACAAAAUUCAACUUUAAAUACUAUUAUAGGCACUCUUACAGUUAAAGAAAGGUCUUAAAUUGCAUAAAUAGAAGAAAUUACUUCAAUAUAUAUUCCAAAUCUUCCUUAUUAUGUGAUAUAACUUACUUCAGACAGCUUAAGUGCUUCAAAUAACACUUUAAAUUUGUAUAAUUUUAAAUCAACUCCAAACUGCACUAAUAAUCCUAAAUUCUGUUAAUUAUUGCAUAAUUCUUAUGAUGAUAAGGGUAAUUUUAAUCUCUUUUUGUAUAUGAAAAAUUAGAAGAAAGAUUAAGUUAUAUUUUAUACAUUGUUUCCUUUCAACAUUUAAUUGACUUAAAUUUGUGGUCUAUUAUCUAAUGAUUCAUUAUAUUAAUGUUUUAUAUUAGAUUUAGCUGAUUAUAAAUAACCAGAAGGGAUUUUGUAUACUACAUUGUUUACAAUAAAUAAUUCAGUAGUUUCAGAUGUAACUGAUGACUGUCUAACUGUUGAAAUGAAAUGUAGUGCAAUUACUGAGUUUAAUAAUAUGGAUAUAGAUUACUAGAAUACUUAAAGCAUUGUUGAGUUUUUAGAGAGUAUAGAUAAAGCUGAUUGGAUGAAUUAAAUGCGGCCUUUAACUCGUUAUUAUGAAUCAUCAAAUCCAAUUGUUAGUUUAUCAUUGGUGGAUAUUAAGGUCUAUUUUUAUUAAUCCAUACAUAUUGGUACAUAUGAUAUCGUAAUAAUUUAUUGAUUUCUAUUAGAAUGAUGAAUUUUAUUCAGAAUACAAAGAAGACUUAAUAAAUUAAACUAAAGAAGAAUAAGAUAAACUAAAUGCUCUUCAAUAAAAUUAUGAUAGAUGGUAAUUAUUAGCCACUUUCAACAAUUAGUUAUACAAAAAUCUAGUAGAAACUAAAUAAGAAGAUUAUUUUGAUUUCUUUCUUUUUUUUUAAGUUUUUAUUCUCUUUUUGUUAUUGACUUCUAUAUUAGUAAAUAUAAUAACUCAAAAUGAAUUUGAUUAAAUAAGCAUAACAUUAAAUUAAGUAUCCAUGAUGAUGUAAAUGUUUUUUGAAUUAGAUUAUGAUACUUUGCAUAAAGACUUAAUUGCAUUUAAAGAAUAUCAAAAAAGUAGUUUAACUGAAUUAAAUGAAUUACUUUAAAUUUUUGAUGAAUUUUGUUGGUUGAUUGAUUUCUUAAAUCAAUUAAAUAAAAAGGUUCAUGAUUUAGAAAAAUUAGAAUAAGGAUUACAAAUUUUUUAAAAAAGAAAUUCUAUUGAAUGUUUGGAAUUAAUAUUGAUGAAAUUAGUAUCAGAGCAUAGUAGAUAAAAAGAUUAUGAGACUGCUAUCACAUAUAAUAAGUAAUUAAUUUCUAUACUUGAAUAAUAAAAGAAAGACACAUAAUUAAUUAAAUCAGAAGAAAUUAUGAGGAUAAAUUAUAAAUUGUUUCAAUCUUUAAAUCAAUUAUUAGAUUUAUUAUCAAAAUUAUUAAUUAGGAAUAAGAGUCGAGAUAGAAAUGCAUUUAAUUAAGCAAAAACAUUAUUUUCAAAUAUUAUGGAUUUUGCAGAUACAUUAGAGAUUAAAUUUACUUUACAAAUUAAAUUAUUCUUUAAAAAAUGCAAAUUAUUAUUUAAUCUUAGGAAAAUAAAAGAAGCUGAAUAAUGCAUUGAUUAAGCUUAAUUAAUUUUGUAAUAAAACUACACCUUAAGUAAAAAUGCAUCUUAUUAAAAUAAAACAUUUAAUUAAGACAAAAAGUUGUUGUAAGUUGUUCAACAGAAAAUUUAUUUUUAUAGGGGAUUAAUUUAUAUGUCAAGUGGUUAAUUAUAGCCUGCAAUAUAAUAAUUAAUGUUAGCUCUAGAUUAUGGAAAUGUUUAUUAAACAAAAUUAAGAGUAAAGACUAUUAAAAUGUUAUCAACAUUACUUGCAAAAUAAGACAAAUUCAAAUCUGAUAGUUAAAUUUUAAAAUAACUUCAAUACUUUUUUUAAAAUUAAAAACGAUAAUUUAUAUUUCUAAUUGACUCUACAUAAAGAAUGGCUGAAAACCAACUUGAAGUUGUAGAAACUAUUAAAUAAGUAUUAGUUUAAAUAAUUAUAAUUAGAUAUUUUAAAUUAUGAAUGAUGAUGAUUUGAUAUAAGUAUCAACUUUUGAUGAAUAUACACAUGUAUUAAUUGAAUCUUAAUCAAAAAUUAGUAUACUAGAAACUAUGGGUAAAAAUUAUAUGGAAGAUGGAUUUUUUGAUUAUUUAAGUGGGAGAUAAACAUAAAAUUAACGCAAAUUAUAUUAAGGAAUUUUGGAAUCUUUAAAUUAAUAACUUCCAAAAAAAUAUACUAAUUAUUUAAUUGUUAUGACUUUUGGAGAAAAUUAUGCUGAAUAAAAUGAUAAAUUAGUUGAAUUGUUGGACAAAUUGAGAGAAGGAUUUUGGCAUUUCAUAUUGUGUAGUACAUAAGAAAAGAAGUUUAUGAAUCAAAGAAAUACAUUCUAUCGAUUAACAGAUGAAGCCAGAGAUGGAACUUAUAUUGAAUUAUUUGCCAAUUUUGAAGAAGGUUUAAGUAAAAUUAUUUCACUGUGUAAUUGA